UCCAAAUUGUGGCAUAAAUUUCAAUUUAUUUUAAUCUUAUUAAAUCAUAAAGUUGGGACCUUUUUUUUUUCUUUUCUUUCCAAAACUCCCUUUUUGAAAUCCCUGUGUGUGACCCCUUCCUUUACAUGCAUCCUCUUCUCCUCCAGCUACUACUCUCUCUCAUUCUUAUAUAUAUAUAUAUAUAAACCUAACCAUUAUCAUCAUGUUGGGUAUCACCAAACCGAUCACCAACAAAUUAAAUAGCUGAAAAAACCACACAAGAUUAGAUAAGAAUUAAUUAAGGAAGAAGAGAGAUCAUGGGAAGAGCUCCUUGUUGUGACAAGGCCAAUGUGAAAAAGGGUCCUUGGUCGCCUGAGGAAGAUGCCAAACUCAAAGCUUAUAUUGACCAAUUUGGCACCGGCGGUAACUGGAUUGCCUUGCCUCAGAAAAUAGGUCUUAAGCGAUGUGGGAAAAGUUGCCGGCUGAGAUGGCUCAAUUAUCUCCGCCCCAACAUCAAACAUGGAGGUUUCUCCGAGGAAGAAGAUAAUAUCAUCUGUAGCCUCUAUAUAAGCAUAGGAAGCAGAUGGUCAAUAAUUGCAGCACAAUUACCUGGAAGAACGGACAACGACAUAAAAAACUAUUGGAACACAAGAUUAAAGAAGAAGCUUUUGGGAAAGCAGCAACAAGCUUUAGCGGCUAGAAGAAUUCCUGCCUUAAAAAAGGAUGAUUUUGAUAAGAAUUUCAAUAAUAUCAUUCAUCCUUCGUCUUCACUCAAUCUCAAUAAUUAUGAAGCCUCAUAUGUCCCAAAUCUCAAUACAAGCACCCAAGAUCAUCAGGUUAGGGACUUGAUUUUGAAAAUGGGUGGAAAGUUUUAUUAUUCUGAUCAUCAUCAUCCUCCAUCAUUUCAAUUCAACAAUCCGAUGGAGAAUCAAAAUCCAUUAGUGUUUCAAAGUUCAAAUUUCGGUGAGUUGAACAUGGAAUUUGGAGUGAGUAAUGAUGGAAUAUUCCAUGGAUCAGUUGAUCAAAACAGUAGUGGUGGUGGUGAAUUUGGAGAUCCAAUAAUGUUGGAGAAUUUUGAGAAUGGGUUAGUGGAGGAUUUUAAUAAUUAUGGGAUGAUGCCAAGUAGUAGUACUUCUGGAGAAAGCAGUUAUAGUUUGGGUGAAAUCAGUUCUUUGGGUUUUAAUUAUUCAGAUUUUGAAGCUUCCCAACAUCAACAUCAUCAUGUUAUUGCUCCUGCUUUUGCUCAUCACUCUUCACAUUAUUCCCUUCAAUGACCAAAAAGAACAAACAACUUCAGGCUACAUUACAAAAAGGGUUUGUAAAUUUUUAUUUGGGAAAUUUUUACUGGGUUUUCUAAUUUUCCCCCUUAAUCCAAACUCAUUCAAGUUAUUAUUCCCUUUGUUUCU